GUCUGUUGCUCCGCGGUAAGUGGGUUCGCUCUGGGAGGAAAUGGUUUUUGAGGUAGGAAGUGUUAGGGUUUCGUGUCUGUCCAGCGGGAUCGAGCUUACGGUGACUUCCGAAAGGUCGAAUACAGGGAGUUGUUUCAUGAGGUGAAGUUUUGUGCAUUGAUUGCGGCGUACUUGCAUUUGUCUUGAAUCUGUGGGUGGCAUUGAUUUAACGGAGCUUGUUCCUAUGGCGGGAUCUUUUGAGGGUAAUGUUUCGAAUACACCAUUGGCGAUUGGCAUUGUUGGUCCCGGCCUGAUUGGGAAGACUCUUCUAGACCAAUUCGUUAAUCAGGUGGCAACGCUGAAGAAGGAGUUCGAAAUCGACCUGCGCGUCAUGGGAAUUAUGAACUCGAAGAAGAUGUAUCUUGAUCACACAGGUCUAGAAUUGUCAAAAUGGGAAGAGUUGCUUCACACGCAUGCGGUAGCAUCAGACAUGUCAAAGUUCACAGCACAUUUUGAGAGCCAGGAUUUCCCUAAUCCUGUAAUUAUAGAUUGCACCGCAAGUGCUCAAGUUUCUCAGAUGUACUAUGAGUGGAUCAACAAGGGUAUCCAUGUCGUGACUCCUAACAAAAAAGCUAAUUCAGGUGCUUUUGAUCAGUAUAAGCGAAUAAGAGAGCUGCAGCGAAAAUCACGCAUACAUUAUUUCUACGAGGCCACUGUAGGGGCGGGGCUGCCCAUUAUCAGCACCCUGCGUAGUCUCGUUGAAACUGGGGACAAAAUUGUGAAGGUGGAAGGUGUUUUCAGCGGCACACUGAGCUAUAUCUUCAACAACUUCAACGGUGAAAAGUCUUUCAGUCAGAUUGUAUCUGAAGCUAAGGCAUCUGGAUACACUGAGCCUGAUCCUAGAGAUGACCUCUCUGGCAUGGACGUUGCUCGAAAGGUUGUCAUUCUUGCUCGAGAGUGCGGGCUGCAGUUGGAGCUUGAUGAUGUCAAGGUUCAAAGCCUGGUCCCAGAACCACUUCAGGGGUUAACGUCUAGUGACGAAUUCUUGAAUGAGCUUCCAAACUUUGACGAGGAGAUGGAGUUGCGAAGAAAAGGUGCUGAAGUAUCUGGAGAGGUUUUGCGGUAUGUUGGUGUAGUCGACGUGAAGACCAAUGAAGGAAGAGUAGAGCUGCAAAGCUUCCCAAAAUCGAAUGCUUUGGCUCAACUCUCUGGUUCUGACAACCUGGUCUCCUUCACGACGUCAAGAUACUUGAGACAACCUCUUAUUGUGAGGGGUCCAGGUGCUGGUCCAGAAGUUACGGCCGCUGGUGUAUUCAGCGAUCUUCUAAGGGUCGCUUUCUACUUGGGUGCGCCUUCGUAGGUAGCAUCCACGUCAAUUUUGUACGAGUUUGAGUGCAGUUCUGAUUUCGCGAGUUCUUACCUAUAUUUUUUUGUUUUUUCGUGUUUGGCAUCAAUUACCAAGGAGUGCAGGCUCUCUAGUUAUCACAUGGGAGAUAUCUUUACGGUGCCUACUAUGUUUUAGGUUAUGGGAACCUUCGCUGAGCUUGUGUGAGCAGCUCAAAGUGUUAGUUUAUCUUCUUGUGGGAAUUAUUAUACUUCGUUGCUAUUGCUGGUGGCAACUUUCUCAUGCCAGCACAUGCACAUUAUCUUUGUAUGUUGAUUACGAUUACUCAUGUGAUGAAACGAGUAAACA